AUGUUCUGUGAUCUGGAAACAUUAGCAGCUUUGCUGCAGUUUUGUCCUAAAGCAUGCAGACAAGAUAAUCGAUGGGAAGCUGGACAUGAUAGCAUUGAACCAUGUUUUAUUAAAGCAGUGGAUGAAAGGAAUCGAAACUAUAAAGCCAGAACAAGAACACUGUUGAUGGGACAAGAUGUGCUACAGGAAAGCCUUGCUCUGUUUGUGACUUACUGGGAAUAUCCUAUUCGAAGAAAGUUUAAGGCCAAUCAUCUGAAUAUCUACAGAGAAUAUAAUCAGACACUUCUUUGUCUGGGAAAAGAUAAUUGUGAUGAUCCGUUGGUAUCUUCCUUACCUUCAACAGCCCUUACAAGUUCCUCUGAGCUCUUCGGUACUCACAGUCCCACCUUUGCAAAGCUCAACAGGAGAGAUGGGGCUGGUGGCUGGUCCCCACUGGACUCAAAUGAGCAGCAGUGGCUUCAGGUCGAUCUGGGAGACAGAGUGGAGAUUGUUGCAGUCGCUACGCAGGGCAGGUACGGGAGCUCAGACUGGGUAACCAGCUAUAUGCUGAUGUUCAGCGACACCGGCCGCAACUGGAAACAAUACAGACAAGACGACACCAUCUGGGUGUUCACAGGGAACAGCAACGCUGACAGUGUGGUUCACCACAAAUUGCUGCAUUCCAUGAAAACACGCUUCUUACGCUUCAUCCCUCUUAAGUGGAAUGCUGGUGGUCGGAUAGGACUGAGAGUGGAGGUCUUUGGUUGCUCCUAUAAGUCAGAUAUUGCAGACUUCGAUGGCAGAAGUUCACUACUCUACAGGUUCAAUCAGAAGCUUAUGAGCACAUUCAAAGAUGUGAUCUCUUUGAAGUUCAAGAGCAUGCAGGGUGAUGGUGUCUUAUUCCAUGGAGAAGGACAGCGUGGAGACUACAUUACCUUGGAAAUGCAGAAAGGGAAGCUCUCUUUGCACAUCAACCUGGGGGACUCCAACCUCCACUUCAGUAACAGUCACACAUCUGUGACCCUGGGCAGCCUUCUGGAUGACCAGCACUGGCACUCGGUUCUCAUAGAGCGCUUCAACAAGCAAGUAAACUUCACGGUGGACAAGCACACCCAGCAUUUCCGAACAAAGGGGGAUUCAGAUCACUUGGAUAUUGAUUAUGAGCUCAGUUUCGGAGGGAUUCCUGUCCCAGGAAAACCAGGAACCUUUCAGAGGAAAAAUUUCCAUGGAUGCAUUGAGAACCUUUAUUACAAUGGAGUCAAUAUAAUUGACCUAGCAAAAAGGCGCAAACCUCAGAUCUAUACUGUGGGGAAUGUGACAUUUUCUUGCUCAGAACCACAAAUUGUUCCUAUCACCUUUCUCAGCACCAGUCAAAGCUACUUGCUGCUACCUGGCACUCCUCAAAUUGAUGGUUUGUCAGUCAGCUUCCAGUUUCGAACAUGGAAUAAAGAUGGCUUACUUCUGUACACUGAAUUGUCUGAAAAUUCAGGACCUCUCUUGAUUUACCUCCAUGGUGGGAGAUUGACACUACUUAUUCAGAAGGAGACAGAGAACCCAGUGGAAAUCACUGAAGGCACCAAUCUCCACGAUGGCCUUUGGCAUUCUGUUAACAUCAAUGCCAGAAGACAUCGCAUUACCCUGACACUGGAUAACAACGCUGCCACUGCUAGCCAUGCAACCACUGCCUCAAGGAUCUAUUCUGGGAACAGCUACUAUUUUGGAGGGUGCCCUGAAAAUUUUACCUAUUCCCAAUGUUUAAAUCCCAUUACUGCUUUUCAAGGCUGUAUGAGGCUCAUCUUUAUUGAUAACCAGCCCAAGGACCUCAUUUUAGUUCAGCAAGGCUCCCUAGGGAAUUUUAGUGAUUUACACAUUGAUCUGUGUGACAUCAAAGACAGAUGUUUACCAAACUACUGUGAACAUGGAGGAAAAUGCUCUCAGUCCUGGACCACCUUUUACUGUGAUUGUAAUGAUACAGGCUACAUGGGAGAAACCUGUCAUAACUCUAUCUAUGAACAAUCUUGUGAGGCUUAUCGACACCAAGGGAAGACAUCAGGUUUCUUCUACAUCGAUUCUGAUGGAAGUGGACCUCUUGGACCACUCCGUGUUUUUUGCAAUAUAACAGAAGACAAGAUCUGGACUGCAGUGCAGCACAACAACACAGGGCUAACCAGAGUCCAAAGAGCUGAUAUGGAGAAGCCAUACACCAUGUUCUUUAAUUACAACAGCAGUGCGGAGCAGCUUGAAGCCGUGAUACACAGUGCAGAGUAUUGCGAACAGGAGGCAGCCUACCACUGCAAAAAGUCACGUCUCCUGAAUACCCCAAAUGGAAUGCCAUUUGCUUGGUGGGUUGGCCGUGCCAAUGAAAAGCAUCUUUACUGGGGAGGAUCUCUUCCAGGCAUUCAACAGUGUGCAUGUGGACUGGAAGAAAGUUGUCUGGAUAUGAGAUAUUUUUGCAACUGUGACGCAGAUAGAGAAGAAUGGACAAAUGACACUGGCCUUCUUGCUUUCAAAGACCAUUUGCCUGUAACUCAGAUAGUGAUCACUGACACAAACAGAUCAAAUUCUGAGGCUGCGUGGAAAAUUGGCCCUUUACGUUGCUAUGGAGACAGGCAGUUCUGGAACGCUGCUUCUUUCAACACGGAGGCCUCCUACCUUCACUUUCCCACCUUCCAUGCUGAGGUCAGUGCAGACAUCUCCUUCUUCUUCAAAACUACUGCCGCCUCUGGGGUGUUCCUGGAAAACCUUGGGAUUAAAGACUUCAUACGAGUUGAAAUAAAGUCUCCCAAAGAGAUCGCCUUCUCCAUAGAUGUUGGGAAUGGCCCCAGAGAAGCCACCGUGCAGUCUCCUACACCCCUGAAUGACAACCAGUGGCACUAUGUCCGAGCAGAGAGGAACCUUAAGCAAACCUCUCUCCAGGUGGACAGCCUGCCCAAGAAGGUCCUGGAGGCACCUGCUGAGGGGCAUUUCCGCUUGCAGCUCAACAGCCAAUUAUUUGUAGGGGGAACAGCUUCCAGACAAAAGGGCUUUCUGGGAUGCAUUCGAUCUCUGCAUUUAAAUGGACAGAAACUUGACCUUGAAGAGAAAGCUAAAAUGACACCUGGUGUUAAACCCGGAUGUCCAGGACAUUGCAGCAGUUAUGGUAACCUCUGCCAUAAUGGAGGAAAAUGUGUGGAGAAGUAUAAUGGUUACUCCUGUGAUUGUACCAACUCAGCCUACGAAGGACCUUUCUGCAAGGAUGAGGUUUCUGCAUUAUUUGAAGCUGGCACUUCCGUUACCUAUAUUUUCCAAGAACCUUAUCCUGUCACAAAAAAUGCAAGCACCUCAAGCUCUGCCAUUUAUGUGGAUGCUGUUGUGUCCAAGGAAAAUAUCGCAUUUAGCUUUCUCACAGCACAUACUCCAAGCCUUCUGCUGUACAUCAACACCUACUUUCAUGAAUAUUUGGCUGUGAUUCUCUCCAAAAAUGGAAGUUUACAGGUCCGAUACAAGCUGAGUAGGGAUGGGCUCCUCAUUUUCACCAUUAACUCUGGAAAUUUUGCCAAUCGAGAGCUGCACCAUGUGAAGAUUAAUAGAGAAGGCAGAGAGCUUGUUGUUCAGGUUGAUCAAGUUCUCAAACUCAAACACAACUUUUCUGAGAUUGAUUUUAAGGCCAUUAAAUCACUCACCUUGGGCAAGGUCACAGAUAGUUUGUCACUGGACCCUGAAGUCUCAAAGGCAAAUGUCUAUGGUUUCACUGGCUGCCUGUCCUCUGUUCAGUACAACCACAUUGCUCCCCUGAAAGCUGCCUUACGCCAUCCCAGUAUUGCUCCCGUGACCAUCAAAGGCUCCUUGACUGAAUCCAGCUGUGCAUCCAUAAUGGAAGCUGAUGUGAACACAGUAACCACGAUAUAUUCCUCAUCAGAUCCCUUUGGGAAGACAGAUGAAAGAGAGCCUCUCACCAAUGCAGUCAGAAGCGAUUCAGCUGUGAUUGGAGGUGUAAUAGCAGUCGUGAUAUUCAUCAUCUUUUGCAUCAUUGCCAUCAUGAGCAGAUUUCUCUAUCAGCACAAACAAGCACAUCGAAGUAGCCAAGCAAAGGAGAAGGAAUACCCAGAAAACCUCGAGAGCUCUUUUAAAGCUGACAUUGAUUUGCAGAACACAGUGAGCGAGUGCAAACGAGAAUAUUUCAUCUGAUGGACAAUGCAAUUUCUUCUUACUUUUACUCUCCUAACCUUCCUUCCUUUAUUUCUUACUUUCUUUUUAUAAUUCUUGUGGGUUUUUUUUUGAACAUUCAUUUUUUGCUAACUCCUUUUUCAUUUGGAAAAGACCGCCCUGCACAGGAAACACUGACAACACAGUGCCUCAUUCUGCACAAGAACCUGGCAGUCAUAGUUUACUCCUGCAGCUCAAGAGACCUGUUAACUCACCCUACACAAAGUAAGAUCCACAUGCACAUCUGGUUUCUGCUGUGGGUUCCUGGUUGUUUCAAAGUCCCUUCAUUUAUUUCUGUUUUUCUCUAUAGACAUUUAAUUCAUCACUUUUAUACUAGAGCUGGACUAUGUAAGGUAGAGAUAAACUAGCUAAACACACAGCUCUGCAGAUCCUUGCACAGGAUAGAGGGAAAGAAUGAGUCCAAACCACCUGAUUUAUUUUACAGGCUUAUUUACAACAGUCAUAAAGAACUGGCCAAAUUCUCAAAUUAUAUGAUUUGAUACAUAUAUCUAUUGAUUUCAAUGACGUUACAUUAAUUUAUACCAGUUGAGAAGCUGGUAUGAGCUAAGGAAAAAUAAAACCAUCCUCAUUAAGCUCCUUCCCACAACCUCCUGUCCUUUUACUGUAACUUUUAGGCUUAUCAGUACUUUUUCAACAAUAUGUAUCAACAAUAAAUGUCACUCCCAUGCACUUCUUUCACCUGCAUCUCGUAAGGCUGGCUAUGUAGACCCAACAUACUCUAGUGUAACUCUAGCUGAAGCAUGAGUAGUAGCUCAAAUCUCCAAGGGUUUUAGAAAGCUGCUAGGAUUUAGGUGCUCUAUAUUUGUCUGAAAUGUUAAAAAUGAAGCAUAUAUCUAUUCAUGCCAUAUGGAGGAUUAUCACAUGCUGAGGUUAAAUACUGUUGCCACUGUGGCAAAGAAUUACAUAGACAAGAAAAAAGCAAAAAUAGUUUAAUCUUAAACAUGAGUCACAUGUUCUGCCAGUUCUAAAAAAGAAAAUAAAUAAAAUCUAACUACUUAACUUCCCCUCAAAACUACCUGAAAGAUUGAUUGGUAUUUCAUAUUUGUAGAAAUUUGAGUAUCUUCUCCAUAGCUAAAUAAAGAGAGGUCUGAUGUCACAUUUAAAAAGGUUAAUAUUUAAUCAACCCUGUUUACAAGGAAGAACAUUAGGGAAACAAGUUUAAAAAGAUCCCAAAUACUCUAUGUUGAACUAAUCUUUUCUUCUCUUUUUCUAAAGUCUUCUGUCCUUUCCUGAUUGGGAACAAUAGUGAAGACUCAAAUCCUGCCCAUUUCACUUGUGCUGCAUGGUUUCUGUGUGAGGCUAAAAAUCCCUUCUUUUCAGUCACAAGCAUCCUAAGGGAUUUUUCACAGCCUGCUUGUGUCUGUAUGGCACAUUUCUUUCUCAGGGCUUCUGAAGAGUAUGUAGAAUUUGAUGUUAAACUUGAAAGUUUCUGAAAGGAGUUCAUCCAAUGGCCAAGACAAAAAAGAAAAAACAAAAUAUUUCUCUCAAUAGUCUUAAUAAGAAUUAAUUCAAGACAAUUAUUUGCGCAUCUGAAUCUAUUUCUUUGCCCCUUACACCCUUCUGAAGUCACCCUGGGGUUUCCACAUGGCAACCCUUUUUACAUGGAUUAAAAUCAGAGAAGCACAAUAUGAGGUACCUACAGCAAACCAGGGAUGAGGUUUCAGAUGCAACAGGUGCUAUUUUUCCAGGCAGUGCAUCUCAAAGGUAGCUGGUUAUUUUUUUGAUGGGAGGAGGGCACAGACAAGGAGGAAUAAAUAAAUGGAAGUUUGGAUAUGAUGAUUCUUCACUUCUCUUGGAAGGCAUUAUGAGAAGAGGCAUCUGAUGAAGAGAAUGCAAUCUUGGAAUGGCAAUUGUUCUCAUGUGAAGACGAAUAUGUGAGGCCAGCCCCAUAACCAGAACUCUUAAUUAAGCAAUUUUAUAAAACCAUAUAUAUCAAAAUUAGUAUUGGAGCCAUUCUUCCUAGACAGUGGUUAACAGCAGCUCUUUUAUCUCAUGAUGGCUGUUGGCAUGAUACUUAGCUACUUGAGAGUGUUUUUGCAUGAUGUAGUGUUUAACGAUGGACUCACUACCUGUGUUCCCUUUAUGCUGCUUGAUCUUUUGUGGUAAAAUCCUGGCAAAGUAAUUCUGUUUUCUCCUUCAUUCCCUUCUUCCCCCAUAUAAAGUUGCUUUGUUUGGCAUGGUGGGAAGGGAGGAAUAAGCAAGCACACGGACUCCUCUACCCAUGUUUGAGUCAUCUUAUCUGAAACAGCCUCUGUAUGAGGCAUCUCUGAAGUCCUAAUGUUCUUUAUUGGCUUUAUGGAGAAUAGAGUAAGAAGAAGGGGGAAGCCAUAGCCAAACUGACAGAUACAGGUUAUCCUUCUGCUUUCCUACAUGUUAGUUUCCAGAAAUAAAAUUACUACAAAGAAAGUGCAAUAAAGCACAAAGUAGCUCUAGCAGGGGAGUAGCUGGAAAAGGGAGACUGAACAAUAAAGCAGAAUCCUUUCAUUUCUCAAGUGACUAACUUUUAGCCAUUUUGGGCCCAAUUCUGAAAGACACUGAGCUUUCUCUAGGAGGAUCAGGUUCCCAUCACCAACUAUAGGUAUUGUGUUGCUGCAAACAUUUCAGAUUCAGCUCAGUGGCUCAGUCCUAGGCCAGAGAGCAGGUGUAGUGGCAUGAUGUGUGCAAGCUCAGACCUGGCAACAGUUUAAGUGGUCUGUUUGUCCAUGUUUCCUUAUGGUCAUUUAAUAUCGCCCUGGGUGGUAAAGCUCCUUGAAAAUUUAGCUACAUUGUUGUGUCUCUGUAAAAAGAAAGAACUGCACAUACAUACAUGCAUGCAUAAGUAUACAGAAACAUAUGCAGUGAUACCUAUGGAUUUAAUGAGAUGUGAAUAUGUAUAUGCUACAGGGCUGGACAAAUGAACACAUUUGUAUGGACUUGCCAUUUAAAAUCCUGUCUUCUAAGCCAGGAUGUCAAUAUUGUUCUUAUUAAAAGGUAGCUAAAAGAU